AUUGAGGCUCUAGGCAACAGCCUAGCUGGCCUAGUCCAUAAGACGGCUCUGGCGUGUGAGAGACUGAGGAAGAGAAGAGGAAGAGGAGAAAGAUGAUAGAGGCGGUGGUGGUGAUGAACACACAGGGGAAACCCAGGCUAACGAAAUUCUACAAUUAUGUGACUAUGGAGAAGCAGCAAGAAAUUGUACGGAGCAUAUAUGGAGUCUUGUGUAGUAGAGCUGAGAAUGUGAGCAACUUCAUUAAAGCUGAUUCAAUCUUCGGUCCGGAAACUCGACUAGUAUACAAGCACUAUGCCACGUUGUACAUUGUUUUCGUGUUUGAUAGCUCUGAGAACGAGCUAGCUAUGCUUGAUCUUAUUCAAGUUUUUGUGGAGACCUUGGACAAGUGCUUCAAGAAUGUGUGCGAGCUUGAUGUUGUCUUCAAUUUUAGCAAGAUUCACACAAUUCUGAAUGAAAUCAUAUUUGGAGGUCAAGUGCUUGAAACAAGCUCGACAGAAGUUAUGAAAGCUGUUGAAGAAAUCACCAAGUUGGAGAAGGCGUCAAAUGCCAUCACACUCCCAAGAUCUGUCUCCGGCUGGCAGGUCCGGUAGCAUUAGCAAGGCUGGCCAGAGAAGUCAAGCAUGUGUGUAUUCUGUUCUUGAUACAUAUAAACCUGUGGCAUUUUUGUUGGGAACUCUAUUAGUGGAAGACUUGCAUAUGGAAAACCUGCUACUACAGAAGAAGCAGCUCUUGUACUGGCUCUUUGUACUGGUUCGGUUAUUGAUAACAACAUUAUGUAUAGCUUAAGGAUUCAGAUUUGCUCUUGUGCAGAAAAUGAUGAUUUAAUAACGUUCUUUCAACAGAAACUUAUCACUGAAAAUGAAUGAGGGGGUGGAAGGUUUGACUAGGAGGUUCACUUGGUUUUGUCUCAUACAAGGUUUGAGGUAUGUUCAACAGUCAAUGGCAUGACCAUGAGCACCUACCUCUGUAUAUUGGCGUCAAAUAGAGAAUAAUGACCGUUUGUUUUUCCGUCAUGAUGGUUUUUUUCUUUUUCUUGGAUGUUGAAUACACUGUAUGAACAUUUGCUGAGAGAAAUUGGCACAGAAGUUGCUGGCUCUGGAGAUUUUCUGA